CACAUGAUAAUCAAUGAGGGUAUACAAACGAGCCCUCUCCUAAGUGGUCCACAAGCCGAGGCGAUACCCAUCUGGACAAAAUGUUGCAAGAUGACAGAGCGGACCCCUCUCCUCCACUACCGCCUGUCCGCCAGCGUCAAUGAGUCCGAGAACCAGGCGCGCCAGGCCGGUCAUGCCGUGGAGGAGCGCCACAAGAGUCCCAGGCACCGGUCCAAUCAGCCGGGCCAACCCAAGAAGCUGUCCACCUUCUUCGGCGUUGUCAUCCCCACCCUGCUGUCUAUGUUCAGCGUGGUAGUCUUCCUCCGGAUAGGUUUUGUAGUGGGACAAUGUGGACUGUACCAAGCCUUCGCCAUGUUUUUGGUGGCGUACGUCAUCAUCUCGCUCACGGUGCUGUCCAUCUGCGCCAUCUCCACAAACGGGGCCCUGGAUGCUGGAGGAGCCUACUACAUGAUCAGCAGAGCGUUAGGUCCAGAGUUCGGGGGCAGCAUCGGCCUCAUGUUCUUCUUGGCCAAUGUGUGUGGUAGCGCCCUCUACGUUUUGGGUUUGGUGGAGGCUGUUCUUGCCACAUUUGGAGUUCCAGAAGAUGGCAUUAUCACGAGUCAAUACCAGGUCCUCCCUUCAGGAUACUGGUGGUCCCUUCUCUACGGGACAGUCAUUGCUUUGCUCUGCCUGGUCGUGUGUUUGGUUGGGGCUCAUAUCUAUGCCAAAACCUCCUUCCUUAUCUUCCUCGUGGUGAUGGUUGUCCUCCUCACCAUCUUCAUCAGUUUUUUCGCCGUGACGCCUCGUGUGGUGCAGCUGCCGGCCGAGGCCACCCUGAACCCCAGAGGGAACGGGACCCUGGGCCCCACCACCGCCAAUUUUACAGGCUUCAAGAUCGAUACGCUCAUGGGGAACCUGUGGGCUGACUACGUGGAGGAUUACACUACAGACAAAAUGAUGACCUUCGCCACAGUCUUCGCCGUCAUGUUUAACGGCUGCACCGGGAUCAUGGCCGGGUCCAACAUGUCUGGGGACCUCAAGAAUCCCAGUUACUCCAUCCCUCGUGGAACCAUCACAGCCGUCAUCUUCACGUACAUCAUCUACAACCUGCUGUGUGUGCUGGAGGCCUGCUCGUGUGACCGAUUGCUGCUUCAGAAGGACUACAGCUUCUUGAGAGACAUAAACAUUUGGGGUCCCUUCGUCACUAUCGGUGUCUACUCCUCCACUCUGUCCGCCGCCAUGAGCAACCUGAUCGGAGCCUCGCGCAUCCUGUACGCCCUGGCCCGUGAUGACCUGUUUGGAAAAGCCCUAUCGCCAGCCAAGAAGACCUCGCACAGCGGUAACCCUUGGGUGUCCGUGCUCAUCUCCUGGUUUCUUGUUCAGUUGGUGCUGUUCUCUGGAAAGCUGAACACUAUCGCCAGCAUCGUGACCAUCUUCUUCCUGCUGGUUUACGCCGCUGUGGAUCUGGCCUGUCUCGCUCUGGAAUGGGCCUCUGCUCCAAACUUCAGACCCACGUUCCGGUACUUCACGUGGCACACUUGCAUCCUGGGCAUCGUGGGCUGUGCGGUGAUGAUGUUCCUGAUUAACCCCAUCUACGCCUCGGCCAGCAUCGCCUUCAUGCUCCUGCUCCUGCUCCUCAUCCACUACCUCAGCCCCACCUCCAGCUGGGGCUACAUCAGCCAGGCCCUCAUCUUCCACCAGGUGCGUAAAUACCUACUUAUGUUGGACGUGAGGAAGGACCAUGUGAAGUUCUGGAGACCCCAGGUUCUGCUGAUGGUGUCCAACCCUCGGAGCAGCGUGGGUCUGAUCACUUUUAUCAACGACAUCAAGAAGAGCGGCCUUUACGUCCUGGGGCACAUCCAACUGGGAGACCUCAGUACACUUCCGUCGGACCCUCUUCAGUCUCAGUACGACUCGUGGUUGUCUCUGGUGGACCAUCUCAACAUCAAAGCCUUCGUCAACUUGACCCUGGCCAAUUCUGUGCGACACGGAGUCCAGCAUCUCCUCUUCAUCUCCGGGCUGGGUGGGAUGCGUCCAAACACAUUAGUCCUCGGCUUCUAUGACGACUGCAGUCCUCGGGACACGCUGAUCGACCCUGUGCUGGCCUGCAGUCAGUCCAUAGACCUGUCCAGCCACUCCCAGGACGCCGAACGCACCUCACCCCCCUUCCACUUCGCCUCUCUGCGGGACCCAGGCAACAAAGACGGCCCCACCGCGGACGGCAAGGUCCUCCAUCCACAGGAGUACGUCGCUAUCAUCGCCGACGCCAUGAAGAUGUCCAAGAACGUCAUAUUAGCUCGGUAUUUUAACAAUUUUGACCGGGCCGAAGCGUUGUCACCGCAGUCUUUCUCUCAGUUCAAAAGCGCAGUUUUUAUCGAUGUAUGGCCCGUGAACUUGCUCCGCCCGGACAGCUGCAGCUACGUGGACACCUGCUCUCUCUUCUUAUUACAACUAGCCUGCAUUUUGAACAUGGUCCGAGCCUGGCGCAAAGCUAGCAUCCGCCUUUUCCUGUGCGUGGAGGAGGGCAGGAGCGUGCAGGGGGCCGAGCAGAAGCUGGGCCACUUGCUGAAGGAGUUGAGGAUUAAAGCGCAAGUCUACCCCGUGCCGUGGGACCAGCAGGUGGCGCUACACUGGCAGCGUCAAGGUGAUUUCAAGUCGGCGGAAUCGUCCGAAAGCACCAAGCAGGAAGAAGAAGAGGAGGAUUACGCCAACAGUUUCCCGAGCAACACGUCGCAUCUUUCGGAUGAGUACCUAACCGCGGUGAAUAAGCUCAUUCUAGACCAGGCCAUACCACCCGCCGCGGUCCGCUUCCUGUACCUGCCCCGCCCGCCUGCCGACACGCGCCGCUACGCUCCGUAUUUACACCAGCUGGAGCUCCUCACCAAAGAUCUGGGACCGACGCUGUUAAUUCACGGAGUCACGCCCGUCAUCACCACGGAUCUCUGAAAGUGACUGAAUUCUACUUCGGACAAUCGGUGACGUGUGCAAAAACAUGCUGAGAUUGGUGACUACAUGAAUGACUCCACGUGACCAAAUAUGUUGGACUAUUUAUAGAUUAUUUAAAGCAUCAAGUAUAAUCUGCACAUGGUUUGUAAAUGGGAAUGCAGUGGAAAAGUUAUGUGUAGUAGUUCAAUUUUUAGAGAAAUUCUGUGUAUUUUUCUGUGAGUUUUUAGCGUCUGAGGCCUGUAUAGCAACUCAUCUGCCUCUUUUUUUGUUGGUUAAGAGGAGUGCUUGGCCUUUCUUUCAGACAAUCAUCUCUAUGGACCAAAAUAACUUGUAUAUAGAUUAUUUAGCCUCUAUUACUAAUGGGUAACAGUUACUAUUACUACACUAUUCAGAGCCUUUGAAGAAAGACUAAAUUCUUAAAGGACAAAAAUCAUGUUAAGAAUUCAGGCUUAGUAAUUUUCCAGUUAAAGGACCCAUAUUACACUAUUUAUAUAUUUACAAUCUUUCCUGCAGCACUUUAUAGUUAAGGACUUGACAAAAAGUGGACCCCGUCUUGACUAUGUCCCUCUGAACCACAUGAAUCCUCGCAAAACUACAGUCGUUGCCCGGGAUCUCUGUGCACCCUCUCUCCUCACUUCUUCUUCGUGCACAGAAUCCCCGCUCCUCACUUCUUCUCCCACAGAAUCUCCACGCACCCCCGCUCCUCACUUCUUCUCCGUGCACAGAAUCCCCGCUCCUCACUUCUUCUCCCACAGAAUCUCCACGCACCCCCGCUCCUCACUUCUUCUCCGUGGACGGAAUCUUCGCUCUUCACCUCACUUAUUGUCCACACACGGAAUCUCCACACACCCCUGCUCCUCACUUCUUCUCUCUGCACAGAAUCUCUGCUUCUCACUUCUCCGUGCACAGAAUCCCCGCACCUCACUUCUUCUCCAUGCACAGAAUCUCCAUGCACAUCACUUUUUCGGCAGCACUUCCUUGCCUAAUUUCCUGUGGGAGACACUGUAUUUUCUGACAUAUGUUAUAACAUUUAAAACAUUUAGGCUGAGUUUUUGUCUCAAACAGAAAACACUUUCUGAUGCCGUGUAUUACCACAUGACAUCGCAAGUGCUCCAUUACGUUUUUAAACUCCAUACAACAAGGAGUAUUGUUUAGAGUAUUAAGUACUUACUAAGCCUGAAUCCUUCUUGAUAAAUGAUGUCUUCAAAGUACUUUUCUCAAGCUUUAUUAUGACUAAUUGGUAUAAUUAAUGUACUGUUGUCAACAUUUUGGCUGAUUUGAUUUAAAAAUGUUACUUUUGAGCUCACGAUCAUUCUAUAUUAUGUUAAAUCUAAGUCAUUUAUACCGUAAAUUACCUGCGAGUCAUGACUGUAAUGACAUCUGCUCAAAAUUGAACUACUGAAAUGCAUGAACUUUUCCACAUAAUUCUAAUUCAUGAACUUGUGCCUUUAUGAGUUAUGUACUAUUAGCCUUUUAUUGUAUGUUUUUACCUUAGUAUUAUUCCAAUUCAGUAUCUACCUGCAGCAUUCCUUCAACAUUUUAACACCGAAAAUUGCCACAAAACGCACAAAAAUCUACCGAUAUCAAGUAUUAAGGUUUAUAUAUCUUUACUCUGUCCUCCUGUGUGAACCAUUACGAUGUACAAAAUAGUGUUCUUUUCACUCACUUUUAUUCAGUCUUACAAUACUCAGCAGUUAUGAGUCACGGAGCUCCGCAGUGCCAAAUUACCUGCCCGUUUUUGUCCCUCUCUAAUUCUCUUCCCCCCCUCAAAGGCAAAUUUGAGAUAUAGUCCAUUGUUCCGUGAGUUUUCUUUUCUUUUUCCGCACGCUACCGAGGCUCAAUUUCCUUAAAAUGAUCAUUCCAUAUGCCUUUAGAUCCCAAAAGUGCCUAGUUACAGCUGAAGCCUGGCAGCGGUCCAUCACUGACUGAGUUUGAGGCGGUCAUUUUGAGGAAGUCUGCGCUUUUCAUUUGGCUGCAGAGGUACGGUUUGAAGCAAAAACGAAAUAACUGAAUAUUUAUAGUGACGACGGUGCUUCUAUGGAAACCUUUGUUCCACAACUCUUUUUUACGGCAGACCUCAGGACUUUCCAAAUGCACUUUUUUUUAUCCAAAUCUUAUUUUUGCCAAACUGCAGACGGAGCAGCUUUUAAACAGUAACUUAAUGUUUACAGCAGCAUCUUCACUGUGAUUAUGAAAGGGCCCGUGCUGCGCUGUUUUCUGAUCUCUUUUAUAAUGUUUCGUUAUUAAAAACAGACCCGGAGUUGCGUUUUGUUUCGAUCAGACGUUCUUUUGUCAAACGGAAAACACGUUGUUCCACUUUGUCAUGUGGUCAUACAGGAAGAGUUUCAUCUUCACUGGAAACAUCUGGAUCAUUUCAGCCCUGGAAUUGCCAAUCUCUACUGAACUAAAGGUAAAAAGGUAGCUGAUAAAUUGAAAACUUUACAAGGUGGAACUGAGCAUUUUGAGCUUUGGAGAUGUAGGUCCAGGAUGACUUAAACAUGUGGGAAUGAAACUAAACACAACUCCGGGUAUGUUUUUGAGGAGGAAACUGCACAUGGUUUAAAGCUCACAAGCGGCACAAGGACCUUUAACCUUUUAAGAUGUUUUUAGAUAUUACAUUUUGGAUUUAUAGCCUACAAUAUUUCAAGUUCGAUUAUGUUUUAUUAGUGCUAAAGUGCUGAUCUUCCAGGUAGCUUCAGUGCUUCAUGUCUUAAUCGGUAAAUAAUUUCCUUCUUUUAACUUUUCUAAUCACGCGGAGAGAAAUAUUUUACUCAUUUAAUCCAGAUUUAAUUUUUUUUUUUUAUGAUUUACUACCUUAACGUCUUAAACACAAUCCACAUAUGUUCAAAUCAAAACACUGGUGCACUUAUAAACACUUUUUUCAGUUCGAUCUAUGAACCGAUACAGAAAUUUAUCAUCUUUUUUUUUCAUUUUUGGCUUGCAGAAGUUAAUCACAGACACUUAAAAAGCACAGGUCGGUGGUGAAGUUUUGAAUGUGAAAUGGGGAAACACGAAGUUGGAUAUUUUAAAGCUGCACUAUGUAACUUUUCUGGUGGAGGGUCUGCCACCUGCUGUCUCCAUGGGUGUGUUAUUGUUCUGCGUAGAAUGUUCCACGGCAAUUUAAUUUUGACUGUUUUUAAUGCUGAUUGCGGUGAGCACGGGCACCUUUCCACAGAUCUGACUUGUAGAAACUUGGCUUGGUAGUGCCAUUGGCUUGUCUCCAUGGCGACAGAUAGGCCUGAUAAUUACAAUAUCGACUUAUCGUUCAGUAUAUGAAAAACAAAUUACUUAAAGGUGUACUGCGUAACUUUUCAGGUUGGAAGUCCACCAGUUAGUCACUUGUUUCCAUGGAGAUGCUAUUGCUUUGCCUGUUUAGGUUCCACAAUAUGGUUUUAAACUUAUAUAAGAUGCAUUUAUUCAAUUAUGAGUGUUUUUAUUGCUGAAAAUUACGGAAGCCGAGAGGGGUCACAACAAACGCAAACGCCACAACAAAUGCAAAUGCGACAACACAACAAAAAGCCACAACAAACCAAAAAAAGCCACAGUGGAAAUGACCGCGGGACUCUAUUUUAAUGCAAACGCCGCAACAAAUGCAAACGCCACAACACAAACGCAAAUGCAGCAACACAUUAAAAAGCCACAACGGGAGUGACCGCGGGACUCUAUUUUCCGACGGACCGAUCAAGCGGCAAGUGAAGAAGAAGAACUACAACGUGAAACGAAUAAUGAUAAAACAAUAAAUUACUUUUACUUACGUUUCCAACUUCUCCCUUCUUUUAUUUUUCACAUUGUAAUUCUUCUUCACUUGUCGCUUGAUCGGUCCGUCGGAAAAUAGAGUCCCGCGGUCAUUUCCGUUGUGGCUUUUUUUGGUGUGUUGUGGCUUUUUGCUGUGUUGUCGCAUUUGUAUUUGUUGCGGCGUUUGCGUUUGUUGUGACCCCUCUCGGCUUCCUUAGAAAAUACCUUGAAAAACCUGCCUUGUGACUGUGAGUGAGGUCACCUUUUCACAGAUCUCACCUAUAAAUUGUCCUGGUAGCAUUUCCUUCUUCUUUCUAUAAGGACUGAAAAGUUUAAUGCCAUUCUUUGGACUUUUGGCGGUUAAGCAGUAACAUCUCCAUGAAGACAAGUAUCUGGCGGUACCUCUACCAGAAAAGUUACAGAGUACACCUUUAAGUACUGCAUUCCAGCUCAACAAUACUCAACUAUUAUUUUUGUGUGUGAAUAUUUCUGCUUUACGGUUUGGUUACAGUAUUAUCAACAAAGAUAGAUACAUUUAAUGCCAUACUUUGGAACUUUCUAGACAAGCAGUCACAUCUUCAUGGACACAAGUGAGUUAGUGAAACAAGGGUACUUAUUUUUAUUUUAUUUUAUUUUUUGCCGGAUUUGAUUGAAUCUUUACGGCUUUGAAGUUUUUCCUCUUUAUGAAGAAUCUGGUGUUUUAACAGAGACCAAACUGCACUGUGAAGCGUCAAUGCAUUUUCUGUUUUGACACACUUUUGAAGGACAUUACGUGCAGCACUAUGUAAUUUAAGUCUGUGGCUGUUUCUGAUUUUGAUUAUUAUAUUUAUAACAUUAAAAAGUACUCAGUACAUUCUGACAACCUCUGUAAAA